AUGGGCUGCUUCACAUUCGUCAAAGUGUUGAUGGUUUCGUUCAACUUGCUCAUCUUUGUGGGGGGCGUGGCUCUGCUGGCCUCGGGAUUGUGGGUGAGCGUGGACGGCGGCCCCUUCCUGCAGCUGCUGGGCCCGUUCUCCCAUCAGGCCCUGCUCUACAUCAACGUGGGCUUCUUCUGCACGGCCGUGGGGGCGGUGCUGGUCCUGCUGGGCCUGCUGGGCCUCGGCGGGGCCCACAAGGAGAGCAAGUGUCUGCUGCUGGCGUUCUGCUCCAUCAUCCUCAUCAUCUUCUUCGCUGAAGUGGCAGCUGGAGUUGUGGCUUUAGCCUACGCCUCAUUUGCGGAGGGGAUCCUGAGAGCGUGGUCGACCCCGGUCCUACAGAAGGACUACGGCAGUGAUCCUGUGGUCACUGAGAUCUGGAACACCACCAUGACGGAGCUGAGCUGCUGCGGUUUCUCCAACUACAGCGACUUCGUGGGCUCCAGGUUCGAGCAGCAGAACGGGGGGAACCUGCCGCCCGGCUGCUGCCGGACCGGCGGCUUCCCCUGCAGCCCGGCCGAGGCCCAACGCAGCCGCGUGCAGGGCUGCUACAAACAGAUCCUGAGGAACCUGAAGGAACAGGCCAACGUCGUGGGAGGAAUCGCAGCAGGAAUCGCAGCGUUGGAGAUCGCUGCCAUGAUCCUGUCCAUGUUCCUGUACCGUCACCUGGACGCCAGAGCCUGA